GCACAGUGGAGGGGAGUAGCUGCUGCUGUGCUGUCCAUUGCCAUUCUCUCUGUUGGCAGGCGAUUCGUCGUCAUCGUUAUUCUUGAUUGCCCCAACGCAGGGAGGUGCUGGGGGGAUCAAAGCGAAUUUGGCGGAAGGUUGUGGUUUGGUUUGGGUUGUGAAUCCAAUUCGAUUGGGAUUCAUUCGGUUCUUCCAACUCCAAUCAAAUCCACCACCCAACCUCCAUCUCCAUCUCCAUUGCCCUUUGGGUAGUAGGCAGGCAAUGGCAAUGGAGAGGGAGGCAAUGGGUGAGUAGUGAGUGAUCUGAGGAGGGGAGGGGAGAAUCCAUGUCGCUGGCGUGCGGGCUCCCGCUCCUGGAAUGCGUCUACUGCCUGGCGUGCGCGCGGUGGGCGUGGAAGCGGUGCCUCCACUCCGGCGACCGCGACAGCGCCACCUGGGGCCUCGCCUCCGCCGACGACUUCGCCCCCGUCCCCCGCCUCUGCCGCCUCAUCAUGGCCAAUUAUGACCACCAUCCCCUCGACGACCGCUGCUUCGUCCGCCGCCGCACCUACGCCGACACCCUCGGCCGCGUCACCCCAUACCUACUCUACCUCGACCACGCCCACUCCGACAUCGUCCUCGCCCUCCGCGGCCUCAACCUCGCCCGGGAGACCGACUACGCCCUCCUCCUCGACAACCGCCUCGGCAAGCGCCGCUUCGACGGCGGCUACGUCCACAACGGCCUCCUCCGCGCCGCCGCCUGGGUCCUCGACGCCGAGUGCAACCUGCUCCGGGACCUCCUCACCGACUACCCCGACUACACCCUCACCUUCACCGGCCACUCUCUCGGCGCCGGCGUCGCCGCCAUGCUCACCGUCGUCGUCGUCCUUAACCUCGACAAGCUCGGAACCAAUCUCCACAGGAGCCGCAUCAGGUGCUACGCCAUCGCGCCUGCAAGAUGUAUGUCGCUCAAUCUGGCUAUCAGAUACGCCGACGUUAUCAACUCUGUUGUCCUGCAAGACGAUUUCUUGCCUCGGACCGCCACUCCUUUAGAAGACAUUUUCAAGUCAAUCCUAUGCUUGCCAUGCCUGCUGUGUUUCAGAUGUUUGAGGGACACUUGCAUACCUGAAGAUGCUAUGUUAAAAGAUCCAAGGAGACUUUAUGCACCAGGUCGGAUAUAUCACAUUGUAGAAAGAAAAAUGUUCAGGUGUGGAAGAUAUCCUCCAGUAGUGAAAACUGCUGUGCCUGUGGAUGGUAGAUUUGAGCAUAUAGUUCUUUCCUGCAAUGCCACAAUGGACCAUGCCAUUAUUUGGAUCGAGAGGGAAGCACAAAAGGCUUUGGAUUUGAUGCUCGAGAAGGAGAAAACGAUGGAGGUGCCAUCGGAACAGAGGAUGGAGAGGAACGAGAGCCUGCAGAGGGAGCACGUAGAGGAGCACAAGGCGGCUCUGCGCAGGGCCGUGACGUUGUCAGUGCCGGACGCGCGGUCGCCGUCGGCUUACGGCACCUUCGGCGAGCACCCGGAGAGAUGCGAGACCUUCCCGUCGGCGUCGACGCUGGCAAGGCAGAGGAUGAGCUGGAACGACCUCAUCGACCGGGUCUUCGACAGGGACGAGUCAGGCGACAUUGUACUGCGCAGCUCACCUUCUCCCUAGCUGUACAUUCCGCUUUCAUCCUCUUUCUGCUUCCUUCCCCUGGUAUGCAUCUUCAUCAUCUCCCUUUUUUUGGAUGUCUAUGCCACUUCAUCUUAUGCUGUUAUUAUUAUUAUUAUUAUUAUUUCAUUAUUCAUUCAUUGUAUCUAUCUAUGCCCUUUUGUUGUCCAGAGUUCUCUUGUAUAUCAUAUCUAGUUAUGUACCUUGUGGUGGGUAUUGAUGGAAAUCAAAGCAACUCACGCGAUCGCGGUGGACACAACUCUCACUUACACGUGAAAAACACAAAGAAAAAGACCAACGCAACACAGAGUAUUUGCGGCAUCGCACUGAACUUAGCGCCCUUUUCUGGUUUAUCUUCUCACUCAACAAACUGAUUACAAUGCACCUAUUUAUAAUACAAACUAAUGACUCACACAGGUAGCUUCCACUUCGUAAGCACACGACGUCCCACGUUCGGAUUCCUUGGCCGCAACUCCACAAGGUCCUCGGCGACGUGCUUACUUGCGCCAGCAAACUAGCUGCAAACUAAAGCAUGCAAGACUAAUGCACUACGUACUCUGAAGACUAAUUCUAACUGCAUGCACCUAUUACUUGGCUGCCAAUCUACUCUAAGCACUCACUACUACUCUGUACUUCACGGGAGAUUAGCCCACUAUGUCGUAAUCACUAUUACAUGCAGCUAAGAAUUUUGCUCCAACUAAUACCAUGCAACAAAAUAAACAUGAUCAUCUAGUUCAACAAGAUUAUUUCUAACAGGUAUAUGUUUUGUUU